AUGGCUUUUACCCGACGGGACGUUGGUGCCAUCUUCUCAGCACAAUGCUGUGAUUUGACUGGCUUAAAUGCACUGAGCUUCUCCGUGGCUGUAGAUCCAGUAGAAGUUAUGCAAAGCCGCAUCGGCACAACAGCCGCAGUCCUGUUCUCGGCCCCAGUGACGGCAGAAAGACGCGAUCCGGCUCUGCUGGACCUGGACAAGGCGUUUGUCAUCAAGGAGAAUACGGUUCAGAGCAAGUCUCCUCUAGCAAGGAACAAAUCCAUGAACAUUCCUACCCCCAGCUCUGCAAGCCGCUUCCUCAAAAUAAAGAAUGGGCUUUGUCAGGAAAAUGUAAACCACUUGCAACAUCUGCUGGGUUCUAAAGAUUUUAUCGGGGCAGGUGCCCGCCAGUCUGGCGUUAGCCAUUCGUUUGUAAAUGACCAUUUGGUUGAGAAGGCAGGCUUCAUUAACGUUUGCACACGAAAGCCUUUUAUUUCGCGUCCUCGUGCUGAUCUGCGUCUAAAGGAUCCCUCUUCUGCGCGACGAAGCACCCGCAGGCCCACCUGUGUGAAUGGCCGUGGCAGGACCCGAUUCAUACCACGGCGCUGUCCUCCCGAGGCCGCAGGGCACGUAACGCUUCCGCGCAGGAGCCGGGGUGGCACGCGUUCUGUCCGGCUGUCAGUGUUCUGUCAGCUGCCCUCCUGUUGGCUGGAGGAUGAAAGAUUUAGCUUGCAACACUUGAAACUAAAAGUUUCAGAUCAGAAGCCACUAGGUUGUUGGUCGGUUAAACACGGGCAGAUUAUCACAUGUCCAGUGGUAUGCAACUUUGAAACUCAUGAGUAUAUAGCGGUUCAUGAUGACAAGGUUUUAAGAAUAUGGAAGAACAAAGAUAUUAACUUGGACAAAGUAUUUAAAGCAACGCUUUCAGCUGAUGUAUACAGAAUACAUUCACUCCCCAACGGAGGGCCAGUGGUGCUGUUCAAAGGAGGUGGUGUUCGAACUUUAGAUGUCCUUUUGGAAGCCCCACAACAAGAAAUUGAAAACGUUAUCUCAGAUGAAGUCAUCAAGUGGAGUGAAGCUUUUAUGGAAGGUCAACAACCUGUCUUAAUUUUCGCUACUGAGAAAGAUGGGGACUUCUUUGUCUAUGUACAGAAACUUAAGAUGAAUAGUCUACACAAAUAUAAGCUUGAACAAGAGGAAUUAUCUAAACCACUGAGUUUCACAGCAUAUAUGAAAAAUCAAAUAAUCACACUUCUCUGUUUGUAUUCCAAUGACUCUGUGUACAAGGUUCUGAUACCUCUGCAGCAAAAUACUGAAGAGGAAGAGCAAAUUUUGUUCAAGUCACUACUACUGAACCUUUCGGUAUCUGGAAGUGUUCUAAAAGGAACUUCUUUUGUUGUUCUUGAUAAAGACCAUGUCGCAGUAUUAGGAAGUGUAGCUGUAUCUGGUGAAGAACCCAAAGAGUGCCUAACAAUAUGGAAUACAAAAUUUCAGACAUUGCAAACUUCAAAGGAACUGCCCCUGGGAACCAGUGGACAAUUGUGGUGUUAUGAGGAAAAAUUUUUUUUUACUCACGGGAAGGUGCUAACAGUAAUUAUGUACAAGUGUGAAACGUCCUCCUUGGCAGCUGCUGUGGGAAAGCUCAAGGACACUCAAACCCCUGAUGUGUCUUCAUUUGUAAACUGGAAUACCCUCGGAGAUGAAGAGCUGGUGGUUUCCUUUCAGUCACAGCAGUCUGUAGCUCUAAAACCUGAGUCCAAAAUGACUUUAAGAUCAAAAAGGAACACUGUUGCUAAAGUACAGCCAGAUACCUUAUCAGUUGGGCAGCUCUUACUAAAUCUGAAAGACGCUUCUACAACUGUAUUUGAAGAUGAAUUGAGACAAUUGAUGUCAAAAGCACAGAUGCCAGAUUUCCAAGCCACCAUUGGAUGUGUAAUAACUGCCCUUGUAAACAGAUGUAAAACAAAUCCAAAGUACUACCCUCGGAAUUUCCUGCUGCAGAUAGUCCAAACCCGAGACUUGUCUUACAGUUUAUGUCCAGAUUUAAUGGCUGUUGCUUUGGAGAAAAAAGAUGUGCAUCUCUUACAAACCUGCUUACAACGGUUUCCAGAUAUUCCUGAAGAAAUUACUUAUGCGUGUUUGAAAGUAUUUUUAAGCAUUAGUGAAGCCUAUCUUCAAAGAAUAGAUGUGAAUCUAGAAUCUGUAAUCUGUUACAUUGAUAUGGAAUUCAACAAUAAAGAAGUUAAGACUGAAAUUGUAGAAAAUGGUUUCAAUGCAGAGCUGGAACAAGACAUCUGGGAUACUAAAAUCACAAAGGAAACCCACCUGACGGCUGAUGGUGAAUUCUGCCCUGUUGGACCACAGAAGGCAGCAUUAUUAAAUGCUGUUCUCCAUUCGGCUUACAGUGAAACAUUUCUUUUGCCUCAUCUGAAAAACCUUCCAGCUCAGCAAGCUGUUCUGUUUCUCAGGUAUUUAUACUACCUGUAUGUGAAAUGCAGUGAAAAAAUCAAUACCACUCUUCCUGGAAUACGCUCUCCGACUAUAAAUCAGAUUAUGGAUUGGAUGUGCCUGUUACUUGAUGCUCACUUCACAGUUAUGGUGAUGCUACCAGAAGCAAAAGAGUUGCUUUCAAACCUGCAUAAGUUCGUGAGAGCCCAAGUACGAUUCUACUCCGAACUCAACAAGAUUGAAGGAAGUUUGCGAGAAUUACAAAGACUUAACCACCAGAAAGACUCUCAGACAUAUUCUAUUGAAGUGUUGGAACUUAUUUGAAUUUGAAAUGAAUUAUUAACAAAUUUAUUUUUUAUUGAUUCCUUUUACGACGAGGAUGUAUUAGCACUCCAUAUUGGGGAUGUGAAAAGUUGUUUUCUACAUAGGAGGAGCACAGUUACUCUGUAGCUACAUGGGAGUUGUAAGUUUGAAACUUGUGUAUUAAAAAGAUCUCUUUUUGACU